CAGGUGCAGAAUCUGCAUACAGUACAGUAUGUGUAGAGUGCACAGCUGCCGUGUGCAGAAUCUGCAUACAGUACAGUAUGUGUAGAGUGCACAUACUCUACACAGAGGUCUCAAGGUUGGUAAGUAUGCAGUAAUGACAUCAUAGUCAGUGAGACACUACAUGACAUCAUAGUCAGUGAGAUACUAUAUUGCACUUGGUAACGACAUCAUAGUCAGUGAGACACAACAUGACAUCAUAGUCAGUGAGAUACUAUAUUGCACUCGGUAACGACAUCAUAGUCAGUGAGACACUACAUUUUACUCGGUAAUGACAUCGUAGUGAGUGAGACACUACAUGACAUCAUAGUCAGUGAGACACUACAUGACAUCAUAGUCAGUGAGACACUACAUGACAUCAGUCAGUGAGAUACUAUAUUGCACUCGGUAACGACAUCAUAGUCAGUGAGACACUACAUUUUACUCGGUAAUGACAUCGUAGUGAGUGAGACACUACAUGACAUCAUAGUCAGUGAGACACUACAUGACAUCAUAGUCAGUGAGACACUACAUGACAUCAUAGUCAGUGAGACACUACAUGACAUCAGUCAGUGAGAUACUAUAUUGCACUCGGUAACGACAUCAUAGACAGUGAGACACUACAUUUCACUCGGUAAUGACAUCGUAGUGAGUGAGACACUACAGGACAUCAUAGUCAGUGAGACACUACAUGACAUCAUAGUCAGUGAGACACUACAUGACAUCAUAGUCAGUGAGACACUACAUGACAUCAUAGUCAGUGAGACACUACAUGACAUCAUAGUCAGUGAGACACUACAUGACAUCAUAGUCAGUGAGACACUACAUGACAUCAUAGUCAGUGAGACAGUGGCCAUGAGGUCCACCUGCACCACAAAUGUGAUAUUUGCAAUAUGUUGAGUAAAUAUGUUGUGUAUGCUGCAGUGGGAAGAAGUUUUAAUCUGCGUUCAAUCUGGUCCUGGAAGGCCUUGGACACGCAGAUGCUGCGCCUCGAGUCUGGCCUGGAACCACGCUUUGAAGCCGUUGAUGCCCACCUUGUGCCUGGUGGUGGUGGUUUUUCUGUAUGGCGUGGCAGACAAGCUCCGCGCCUUUGUGGCCGGCAUCUUCAUCCCCCAGUACCACUACCCGUACGUCGUGGGUCUCUGCUUUGGACAGGCUCUUUUGUCCGUGUCCUUUUGCAAUCUGCUGCACAUCCUGGGUGUGGCGCCGCUGAGGCGGUACUGUCGACCCCUGGGCGAGCGUCUCCUGGUGCCCUCCAUCUGCAGCAGCGUCCACGCCGUGCUGACCACGUGGGCCCAGGUCAGCAGCUCACACGGCGUCCUCUUCCCCCUCGCCCGGCGACUGCUGCCGCUAAUCACCGUGGGCCUGAGCUUCACGCUGAAGGUAGCGGCGCCACCUUCAGGCCACGCCUCCGUGACGGUCUCCAUCCUGACCGGGUGCUCGCUUGUCCUCACUGCCCGCCAUGGUCCAUUGGUCGUGGAAGCCCUGGAGUACAUGUACGCCCCUCUGGCCGUCAUCCUCCUCAGCCUUUCCCUCACCUGGCUUUCCAAAGUGUCCCAAUCUGAGCGCCGGGCGUCCUCUUUGGACAUCUACUACACCCAGCUGGUCAACCAGUGCUGGCUGCUGGGUCUCCUGUGGACGCUGCACCCGGACGGCCCCCUGCUGGUGCUAAGUCGGGCCAGCUGGCACAGCCUCCUCUUCCACGGGUACCUGCUCGCUAUCCUCCUGUUGGGGACGCUGCUCAACUUGGCGCUCGCCAUGACGGCACUGUGCAAGUCGCCUUUGGCUGCAGGUCUGUUACAUGCCGCUGCAGAACUCAUGCAUCCUCUGGUGGAGCGACUCUGACCUCCACUUAAUGAUAUAGUGAUGAGAAAUACCUGAGGUGGUGCUCCAAACGCUUUGUAAUACAUGAUGGCAUACAUUGUGUUUUUUUUACAUUAAGUAGCACCUCAGGCAACAUCAUGACAACAUUAAAAUACAACAAUGUCGUACGCCCAAGCUGAGGUUUUAAUUAACAAGUAUUUUUAUUUAUUUGGGGAAACUGUAACAAUACAGACUGUUUGAACAAUAACACUGUUUAAAUAUAGGAAAAUGAAACGCUGUUCUUUAAUCAAGUGAUACUUUGACGUGCCACUAGAUGGCGACUGUUCAACAGUUUAGGACUAACGUGCAUGUACACUGCUGGACAAGUGGCGCAAAUCAGACUUUUUUUCAAUCAGCUGACUUUUUAUAUUGCAAUUUUUUUUUUUACAUUAAACUCCAGUGUAAAAGUGCACAUGGCCUCAAGACCAGAUUUACUUUAUAAAAUAGUUCAGGCAAACUGCAAAAUAAAUAAAGCGGGGUGUGCUAACAUUUCUCAGGGUUCCUUACACAUGUAGCAGUUGUGGGCAAGAAGUUAGCAGACAGAUACGCAAAACAAGCACGCUAUGAAACAGAAGUAAACAUGGAGAUUAAGCACCGUAAAGAAGAAGUGAAGAACAUCAUUAAGACAGAACACAAAAAAAAGUGGCAGGAUAAUUGGAAUAAUGAAAGAAAAGGCAGAGAGUAUUACAAAGUCCAGAGGAGAGUAGGUGUAAUGAGAGGAGGGGGUAGAAAUAGGAAGGAAGAAGACAUUAUUACCAGAAUGACAUUAGGACAUACAUAUCUAAAUAGUUCAUUGACAUUGAUAGGCAAACAUAAUACAGGGCUGCACAUCUAUUACAGGAUCUUUGGAGGAUAGGUUGCUAACAUUGAGCCCAAGAACUGCUUAUUGUACUUGCACCAGACAUUAAUGCGUAGGAAACAACAACAAAUAUACAUAUUAGUGAUGGGUCCGGCAACACCGAUGCAUCGGCGCAUGCGUCGAGCUCAUGAGCAAAAAAACGCUUUUCGAAAGUCACGUGACCGAUCAUGAGCUGUUUUGGUCACGUGACCGAUACGCAAACUGUGUCAAAGUGUGUAUGUAAGGAAGCGCAUUUGUCAACUUCGAUGCUGCUGCCAACAGAAUCGCCGCACUUCAGUCGUUGGUCAUUUGUCAUUUAUCGUCGUCGGAGAUCAUUUCCGGCGUGUGGGAAUAUUUUGAUCAUAUAUCGGGAAAAAAAAGGUAUUUGUGUUCAUUUCAUUGUUUCAUCCCGUUCUCUCAAAGUUUCCACUUGAUCUGUUAGUAAGGGUGUAACGGUACGUGUAUUUGUAUUGAACCGUUUCAGUACGGGGGUUUCAGUUCGGUACGGGGGUGUUCGUAAGCUAAAGUAUUAACAAGCUGCUUUGCUUCUUCUGCCUCUGUCUCAGCACCCAGCAUUGUCCCAUCCACACAACCAUCUGAUGAGUUACAUUAAAAAGCGGUAACAGCCAAUUAACAGUGUGUAUUCAGAGCGCAUGUAAAAAAUUUAAAAAAAAAUUAUUUUCCAAUCCACAAGCAUCCUCAUUUACAACACGUUCUUUUAGAUUUCCAUGUUAUUGAAUGUAUCUAAAAAAGAUAAAAAUAUAUUUUUAUAUAAAUGAAGAU